AUGGAGCCCUUCUCGUUUGCCAGCUCCGACUCGCUUGAUUACCCCGUCAGGAUUCGUAUCAUAAACCUCGAAGGUGAAGAGGCACCUGUCUUAUUUUCUACCCUCCUCGACAAUCCCAACCUUCGACACAUAGGAUCCAACCAAAGCCCCUUUUCCGAUCUCUAUGUCACAGUACAGGUGUGGGCAGGUUCCAAGCCGUUGACUGUCCCUGUUCAGACAUCUUUCAAGACCUUUCGAGCCGAGCGCAGAUGGGGCGAGUGGCUCGAACUACCUGUCACAUACUCAGUCUUACCCCAGAAUGCCUGCCUUGCGAUAACACUUUGGGACCUUUCCCCAACGGGAGACGGACCUUAUGGUCACAGAAUUCCUUUCGGGGGGGCUACAUUGCCGCUGUUCGAUAAGGAUAACCAGCUACACAAGGGUCGCCAGAAAUGUCACGUCUACAGACAUCUUCACGCGGACGGACACGACGACACUACAACCCCCGCUCUAGUCCCUAGGUCACGACCAAAAGACGGAACACCCGAGGACAAGGAUGCCGCCGAGUUGGAUCGUAUGGAGACGCUAUUCAAGAAGCAUGAAAUGGGCGAGAUUCCCCGCGUGGAUUGGCUGGACCAGCUUGUCUUUCGUGGAUUCGAGAGGCGCGGCCUUCAGACGGCCAGGUCAUCUCUCAAGGCCAAAGCCAUCAGGCAAACAGAGGCUUCUCGGGAUGACAAGUCCAGUGCGCAGAACGAGAAAGCGAAGCCAGAACCAUCUGGGUACUUUCUGAACGUAGAGCUACCAAGAUUCGACUUCCCUGUGGUCUUUGCUGACUAUGAGUAUCCGGCACCACCCAUCUCUUCGUUCCAGCAUCUUUCCUCGUCACAAUCCAACAUCCUACUCAAACCUCCACCAGAGGUCCAUUUCGGCCCCGGUAUCAGCGUCGACGACGACGAGGGCUACGAAGGCCGGCUGAUCAGGGUGUAUGACCCCGAGGUCGGUGCAAGAGACAACCCCGCCGAGAGCAAGCAUCGCAGAUUGGUCCGCAGCCAGCAUCGUAAUGGGAUUCUGGACAAGGACCUCAAGCCAAAUGCCAAGGUGCGGGAUGAGCUGAAUAUGAUCAUGUCAUACUCGCCAACCCACACGCUUUCGCCAGAGGAGAAGGACCUCAUCUGGAAAUUCCGCUAUCACCUCACAAGAAACAAAAAGGCACUCACCAAGUUUGUCAAGUCGGUGAACUGGCUAGAUCACUCCGAGUCGAAGCAGGCUGUUCAAGUCCUCGGGAAGUGGACGGACAUUGAUGUUGACGACGCCUUGGAGUUGCUUGGCCCGACGUUUGAUAAUUCGGCCGUGCGGGCAUUUGCUGUUGAGCGAUUGCGCAAAGCUGACGACAAGGAGUUACUUCUGUAUCUGCUUCAGCUCGUCCAGGCGCUCAAAUAUGAACAUAUCUCGACACGGCCUGGCCAUGAGGUCACACACGACUCGUCUUUGGCUCGAUUCUUGAUAUCCCGGGCUGUUCACAGUCUUGCACUCGGCAACUACUUUUGGUGGUAUCUCAUGGUCGAGUGUGAUGAUAGUUCCAUGGAUCAGGGUGAGGAAACUCAAAUGAUUUACAAGAAGAUUGCGUACGAUUUCAUGGCAGAGCUGGUGAAGCGCCCGGACGGGAAGGAGACCCGAAAGACGUUGCUGCGACAGGCUGAGUGGAUUGCGAUCCUCUCCAAGAUUUCUGGGGAAGUCAAGGAGGCGAACGAAUCCAUCGCGAAGAGGGUAGAGCGCGUCAAGCACUUCUUGGCCGACCCCAAAAACGAGCUGGUGACCAUCGACCCACCACUUCCCCUGCCCCUGGAUCCUUCGAUAGAAAUAUGCGGCGUGGUUCCGGAAGACACAGUUGUCUUCAAGUCAUCAUUACAUCCUAUCAAAGUGGCCUUCAAGACCACCUCUGGUCGGAAAUACCCUAUCUUGUUCAAGACCGGCGAUGACCUCCGUCAGGAUCAGCUCGUUAUCCAGAUCAUCACCCUCAUGGAUAACCUAUUGCUGAAAGAGAACCUCGACCUGAAGCUCUCCCCUUACAAGAUUUUGGCCACCGGUACGAGUGCCGGCCUGUCACAGUUUGUGCCAUCCAUGACCUUUCAGGGCAUCGCCUCCAAAUACCGCGCCAACCCGGCACAGGCCUACCUCAAGCAGAACAACCCCGACGCCCAAGGGCCAUUCGGCAUGCGCAAGGAGAGUCUGGAUACAUUUGUCCGGUCGUGCGCCGGCUACUGCGUGAUCACUUACAUCCUCGGCGUUGGUGACCGUCACCUCGACAACCUGCUGUUAGCUCCAGACGGCCACUUCUUCCACGCCGAUUUUGGGUACAUCCUCGGCCGCGACCCGAAACCUUUUGCGCCCGCGAUGAAGCUCUCCAAGGAGAUGGUCGACUGCAUGGGCGGGUCCAACUCGGAGUAUUACCGGCAGUUCAAGCAGUACUGCUUCUUGGCGUAUAGCGCGCUGAGGAAGAACAGCAACUUGAUUCUGAACUUGUUCAGUUUGAUGGUCGACGCGAACAUUCCCGACAUCAAGCUGGAGCCGGAUAAGGCGGUGCUGAAGGUUAAGGAGAGGUUCCACUUGGAACUGAGCGAGGAGGAUGCGAUUAGACAUUUGGAGAGGAUCAUGGACGACAACCUGAACGCGCUGGUGCCAGUGGUGAUUGACAAGUUGCAUGAGCUGGUGCAGGCUUUUAGGGCGUAG